UCUUCAGUGCUGACUGCACGUUUCCUCCAUGGACAAACUGAUGAUUUACCCACACCUACACUGACUGUAGAUCCAGACAGUACUGUGUUCACUGGAGAGUCAGUCACUCUGAAGUGUGAGAUUACUGGUAAUGAUGGAAGGAGUUAUCAGUGGUAUAAGAAGAAUAAUGGGGGUAGAUGGUCUGCAGUGUAUCAGUCUGGUUUUUACACUGUAAACAGCAACACUCUCACUAUCAGAGAAGAUGCUGUGAUUAAUGGAGAUCAGUACCGGUGUAGAGGAGAACGAAGUAACCGUCCAUCAUCACAGUACAGUAACUCUGUUCCACUCACUGUAAAAGAGAGACCAACAGCUGGGGUGACCAUAAAUCCUGCUAAUCAGGUGUUUAGAGGAGAGAGCGUCACUCUCAGAUGUGAUUUACAGGGAGGAGGAGGCUUUGAGUGGACGUACAGCUGGUAUAAAGGAAACCCAGAUUCUCCAUUCAGCUCAACACAGGAUUAUAUAAUCAGUCCUGUUUCAGACUCUCACCAUGGUGAAUACACCUGCAGAGGAACAGUGAUAGGAACUUCACGCUACUCACACACCAGUACUGCUGUUAGACUGACUGUAUCAGAAACACCUAAACCUGAACUCACAUCAAGUCUUAACGGAGCUGCACUGAUAGGAAACCCAGUGACUCUGUACUGUAGUCUGGACCAGUCUGCUGGAUGGAGGUUCUACUGGUUCAAACACACACAGACCCCUGAGAGUGAGACCACCACUGAUACACACUCCUACACCAUCAGACCAGUUAGUGUCUCUGAUGGAGGUCAGUACUGGUGCAGAGCUGGGAGAGGAGAUCCAGUCUACUACACUCACUACAGUGAUGCACUCUGGGUAAAUGUUACUGAUUCAUCUCUUCCAGUAACUCUGAUCGUCAGUCCCAGCAGAUCUCAACACUUUACUACUGACACUCUCUCACUGAUCUGUGAGGAAAAGAGUAACUCUACUGGAUGGAGAGUGAGACGAUACUCACACAGUGAGAGUAAGGUGUCAGAUUGUUCAUCAGGCUGGGGAUCAGUUACAGGAUCUACAUGCAACAUCAGCUCCCUCUCCACAUCCCACACUGGAGUGUACUGGUGUGAGUCUGAAUCUGGAGGGAGCAGCAAUCCUGUUAACAUCACAGUGCACAAUGGUUCUGUAAUUCUGGAGAAUCCUGUUCAUCCUGUAACUGAGGGAGAUCAUCUGACUCUACGCUGUUUAUAUCGUGAUCCAAAGUCCUCAGAUCUCACAGCUGAUUUCUAUAAAGAUGGAUUAUUACUCCAGAACCAGACUACAGGAGAGAUGAUCAUCCCUACUGUCUCAAAGUCAGAUGAAGGUCUCUACCACUGUAAAAUCCCAGAGAAAGGAGAGUCUCCACAGAGCUGGAUCUCAGUCAGAGGUCGUUAUAUUGGUGCAAGUGUGGCAUUGGGGCCAUCUCUGGGUCUAUCCCUAUUAUUCCUCAUAAUACUGGGCCUGAUUUGUUACUACAAGAUUAAGAAAGGAAAGCAGCAGAACACGAGUCAGAAUCCAGCACCUACACCUCUGCAGGCUGAUGACUCCUCAGCUCAAUCCAGUGAUAUAACGUACGCAGCUGUUUUGCACCCUAAAAGGAAACGGAAUCGGAAAAAUGAUGCUGAGCCAAGACCAAAUGAAGUGACUUACUCCGAGAUCAGUAUGAAAACACUUGACUGCAAAGAUGAUGCUCAUCCCAGUGAUGUGACUCAUGCUGCUAUUGAUCUGACACCAAUGAAGAAGAAAAAGAAACAGAAAGAUGCUAAAGCUGAACCCAGUGAUGUGACUUACGCUGAUAUUAAUCUGAAACCAAAGAAGAAGCCCAAGAAACAGAAACACAAUCUGCAGGGAGGUCAGAGCAGUGUGGGGGAUGAUACAGUCUACUCUGAACUGAAGUAGAAAGCAGACUAGAAGGGCACGCUGACUUUAAUUGUUGGCUUAAAUUAAAGUGUAUUAAGAAUAUUUUACAACCCUCAGGGUUUGGCAAUGCUUAUUCACCGUAGAAAGAGAAGAAAAAUACAUGUGAACAUGACAAAUUUAAUAAUACUAGUAGUAGUACUUUAAGUGGUAGUAGAGCUUGUAAGAGUAGCAGAACUAGUAGUUGCUGUAGUAGUAGUAGUACUAAUAGUAGUAGCAGUAAUGAUAAUGAUAGUAGUAGUAGCAGAGGUAGUUGAAAUAGUAGUAUUAGUAGCACAAGCAGUAGUUGUGAUCAUAUUCCCAGCAGUAGUAGCUGUAUUAAACCAGCAGUUAAAGUAGAUUUUGUAGAAACUAUAGUUGCAGCAGCAGCAAUAGAAAUAGUAGUAGCAGUAGUAGUAGUAGUAACAGAAUCAGUUGUGUUGGCUUUAGUACUAAAAGAUAGUUGUAGCUGCUGCUGUAGUAACUGUAGUUAUAGUAGUAAUAAUAAUAGAAAUAGGAACAUUGUCAGUACAAUGGUAGUAAUAGAGGCAGAAGCAUUGUUAGCAGCAGUAGUAGCAGUAUUAGCAAUAGCAUUAUUAGCAGUAAUGGUAGUGGCAGUAGCAGUAUUAACACUAGUAGCAGUGUUAGCAGUAUCAACAAUAGCAGUAUUAGUAGUAAUAGCAGUGGCAGUAGCAGUAUGAUGAGUAUUAGCACUAGUAGCAGUGUUAGCAGUAUCAGCAAUAGCAGUAUUAGGAGUAAGGGUAGUGGCAGUAGCAGUAUUAGCACUAGUGGCAGUGUUAGCAGUAUCAGUAGGGUGACCAAACGUCCGUAUUUCCCGGGACAUGUCCGUAUUUCCCGUCCUGUCCCAGGCAUCCUGGGUUUUUUUCAAAAAGUGAGGAAAUGUCCUUGUUUUUAAAUUACCUUCAUUGGACCAUUAAAUUCACAGGCACUAGAGCACUGCGCACGGUGCUGCGUGUGACAUAAUCCCUGAGUCGCAUCAGUGAGAGCAGCCCUGUUCUUAAUCAGAAUGUAGACAGUGUGACUGUCAGUCAGUGCUGCCAACUUAGCGACUUUGCCGCUAUAUUUAGCCAAUUUUCAGCCCCUUUAGCAACUUUUUUGGUAAAAAAAUUUGACUACCGACAAAUCGAGUUUUUGUGGUGUUAUUGGAGACUUUUUGCGACUCUCAGUCAGAGCUUACACACUGCUCCACCAUCACCGUGCCCACAGCCACCGCUGACUGACCCCGCCCUGUAUUUACAGAUCAGGAUGUAAAUAUAAC